AUGGCCAUCGAAGACGCUGCGAUACUCGCAGCUCUCUUUGGUGGAGUGGCCAGCUGGAAAAGAGGCGCGGUGGAGCGUGUGUUUGAGGUCUUUGACAGAAGGAGAAAAGAACGAACCCAGAAGCUGGUAACAACGAGCCGUGAAGCUGGACUGCUCUAUGAUUUCGAACUCGAUGGUGUGGGAGACGAUGUGGAGAGAAUUCGAGCUUUCAUGGCGCACAGAAUGCAAUGGAUAUGGGACUUUGAGGCCAACGAAAGCGCCAAAAUGGGCCUUGAGAUGCUCCAAAAAGUCCUAUGA